CUGGAGUUUGGACAGCCUGCUCGAUCAUGAUCUUUGCAGGUGGCGGUGCUCUGUCUCUGUUCUUCGUUUGACAAGAUACUAAUGUCGCCGCUGUACUGAGAAAUUGAUGAAGCUUUAUGUAGGUAUAGUCCCAGAUGAAAGAGCUGAUUGACAGCAAAAGGUUACAAGACACUGCUGGCAAGAAAUCAAAUUUCUGGCAUUGGCGGCGGAGCAGUUUUGAGCAUGGGCCCAUCUGCGCCCAUUGUGCAAGGGGAAGCGGAAAUUCUUCUCGCUGCGGGCGAUGCCUCUCCCAGUCUUGGCCUGGCUCUGCAGGCCGUCUUCUCUGCGCUCCAUGCGCGGGAUGAGGUGGCGGCAGGAGACAGCAAUAGCAGCCUGCUUGCAAGAGUUGCGGGUGGAAGGAUGUGGCAAAUCUUGGCGGCGGGAAGCAUUCUUGAUGAACAAUGGCGGGUGACUCCGGACAAUUUGGAGCAGACAAUUUCAUACUGCUUGAAGAUCGUGUCCCAGUCUAGUCGCAGCUCCUACACCACCAGUCUGCCAUCCUCCCCCCCGGCGGGCAACGGCAGCACGACGGCAUUCCAGGGAGAGCCCGCAUUUGACCGGGCGCUGAUUGAAGCUGUGUCUACCCUGGGCCGCCUCUGCUGGGAGGCCCGCUCCGGCGACCGCGUCUCGCGCGUCGCCUCACCGCUGAGCAAGCUGUUCCAGCGCGUGGUCGCCACGAAUCCGCUGAGCCCCGGGACCGGGCUGCUGCUGGUGCCCCUGCUGCAGUUCUUCCUGGACCACGGGGAUGUCGUCAUGUACGACCCGGAGCCUGCGGUGCAGACGUUUUUCAAGACUUGUCUCGUCAGAGAGUACUCCGACAAGCAAGUUGCAAAGGCCGCCCUCCUGUUCCUCUCCGAGAACAAGGCAAAACUGAAGGCCCUGUCCGCGCCCCUGUUGCCGCGCUUCUUUCCGCUCCUGCUCAAGGCCGUCGGCUGGGGAAAUGACCCCGAGCUAGACAAGGCCUUUCAGGGCCUGCUGCCGGUUCUGCUGGGACCCAAUUCCACGUUGGCGCUUUUCCGGGCAAUCGUCGACCUCCCCACCCUGGUUCUGGCGCUGGAGCACGCUGACCGCGCAGCCAAGGACCCCGAGAAGAUGGCCGCGUUAAUGGAGGCCGCCUUCAUGGGUGGCAUGGGUGACGUCAGCAGCCCGCGCGUGACGCCCCAGUCGCCGAUUCGCCGCCCCGAGCUGCGCUCGGCGGCCCUCGAGGCGCUGUUUGCGGAGCUGGCGCGCGAUGAGAACGACGGGGUGCUGCCCAAAGCGUGGGCAUCGCUCGAGGCCGCCGCCGCGGUCCAGAAAGAAGUCCGGGGAUCCCCCUCGCCGCGCCUGCUCCACGCCCUCCAGCUGGCACCCCCUCUUCUGGACGCGUACAUCACUCUAGUUCUUGAGACGUCCGACGAGAGCGUGUUCACACCGCUUGGCGCACUGGUCAUCCAGAGUGUGAGCGCGCUCUUCCCGAACGAAGCGUUCCAGGCUAAGGUCCUCCGAAUCUGCUCCCGCUUCCUGCUCGCCGCCUUUCAGCGACACCCGCCCCUUCUGCCCCUCCUCAAAAAGCCCAUCCUUCAGACCAUCUCGCCACCGCCCACCUCCCCCGGGCAGACCGAGCUGGCAGUCCAACUAGUAUGGGCAGUCGGGGAGUACCAUAUGGGGGGCUCGGGUGAACACGUGGCAGCGCGUCAGGUGUUUGAGGCGUUGGAGCUGUUGCUGUACGAGAGUCUUGCCGCUUCCAGUGCUGUCCAUGCCGAGAAGGCGGAGGGAACGCGCCGCCCUCCCGCGAGCGACCGUCCUCCGCUGACGUCACCCCGGCUGCUGUGUGUCGUCAUCACGGCCAUCACCAAGCUAGCGAACGUGCACCGGGAGCUCGCCUCCAGGGCGCGCGUCUGCGUCGCAAAGGUGGCCCGCAGCCGCCAGACGGCGGACGCCCACGUGUGGCGCAAGGCGUGCGAGUGCCUGGGCCUCAUGCAGGAGCCCGCGGUCUGCGCCGCGCUCUUCUCCCACGUGCCCCAAGCUGUCGUCAGCAGAGCUUCGUGACGUCAGCAGCUGUUAUCAGACGUCACAAGCGAGACAAACCCUUCGCAUUCUGCGGCUGCCAUCUGCCUUCUAUCACGGGGUCCAAGCUCCAUCACCAGAGCUCUAGUGAUCGGCAGAGCUCGAUGACGUCAGCGGAUAGGCCGGGAGGCGGUAUCUCCUCUUAGCGGCUGCGGGCCUCAUUCCUGCACUCUGCGUCACCAAGCGCGGGAAACGACGAACACGUAAGUGCGAGCUGACGUCAUCACUCGCGGCUGGCUCCUGCACACAGCAGCGCAUCUGAGCAAGUUCGGAGGUGACCCAAGGGCCAAAAGGAAAAGGAUAUCAGUACAGUUGACAAGGCUUGAGAGGCACGGCAGUACAAGACGCUGUACUUGCUUGUACCCCUGACUCGGUCGUCGAGGGAUAGUGAAACGCUGCUUCAUGAUUAUGCAUAUGUGCAGAACUUUCGUCGAUACUGUAAGUUCGAUGUAAGAAGGUUGGAAUCAACGCGAAGGGACGUUCUCUAUCCCCCACUUAAUGUAAGUUUCGAAGAGUGGUCCUUGAGUCAGGUUUCGAGGAGCAGCAGCUUGAUUCACGGUCCUUCAAGGGCGCUUUGCACAUGCAUGGUACGGUAUCGAAGCAUCAUCCGGGCAGUGCGUCAAAGUGCAAGUGGCAGUCGCAGAUUUUCACAUAGGGCAUUCAGCUGAGUCCGCUGGCAUGUUGGAUGUGCCGGGGUCCGGCUCAGGCUUUGGUCAAUGUUUAGCAAUGAUCAAGUAGGGCGUCCUGUU